CCCCCGUUUCGGCACACAGCAAGCCGGCGCCGCCGGCUUGCUGCCGCAGGUCACGUGAAGGGCCACGGUUCCGCAGCAAGCAAGCACCGACGAGGAGCGGACGACGAUGGGCAAAGGUGUCCGUCUUGGCGGGGCUACGUCGAAAGCAGCGGCGAAACAAGUGCACGGGGUGGCCCGCACCUUCGCGGAACUUGUGAACAAAACCAGUAUGGCCACAGGACAGCGCUCGUAAAAAAAAGAAAACCCGCGCGCUGCUCUUUUUCGAAAGCGAGGCGCAGCCGUCUAGGAAAAACGCGCGGGCGAGCCAGCCGGGCGCGCGCGGCCCGGCCUAUUUUCAGCGUUUCUUUGCAUGCGCGCGGCCCCGGCCGGGAAGCGGGUCCAAAGAAGGAAGCGCCGGCCGGGGCCCCGGGAAGGGCAGGCCAGGUAGGGAAUUUCGGCCGCCCCCGAUUGGUGGCCGGCGCCUGCUUUGGUGGCGCUUGUCUUGUCCUGUGGCUGCCUCCGCCCCGGGGCGCAAGCCCAUUGUGUGCGACCUAGCAGGCGCCGGCGUUCUUUGCCGGGGGGCACCCGAGCCCGCCGGCUCGCCCGGCGGGUUGGCGCGCGAGCUUCCGAG